AGUACCUUCCGACUUGGUAUAAGACUCGGCAUUCGACAUUGCGCAGUCGCGAAUAAAAGACGUGUAUAUUUUUAUCGAUUUUAUCGAUAUCCGAGCAUUUUGAGUGUACACGUCACUAUUUUCUCUCCGACGGGACUCGCGUUCGAUUUUGAAACAUACCGCCAUAUUACUAUUUAACUUUUUUUUUCGUUUGUGUAUUUUCGCGCGUUUUUGUGAUGCCACUUAUGUAUCUGUGAAAACGUGGGGAUCAUUGCAAUAUACUUUUUUUUUAUAAACAAAAUGUUAAAUGUGUCUCGAAUACAAUAUUAUACGUAUUUUGCUAUAAAGUAGUUCAAUUUGAAUAAAAACUCUGCAAGCACAUCCAGUAUUACUGCGUGAACGCGCCUAAAAUAGAUAAGACCCAGAAUCUCAAUAUACAUAAUGUAUCUUAUAUACAUAAUCGCAGUGGUGCUGGUGGGCUGUGGGAGGGCAGCAAAUGUGAACAGACACAUGAAGUUACUAGAAAUUGAAAAUCACAUAGAUAGAAGCGUAGCACAGACGCACCAUUCAAAACGCUUCAUAUCAAUAACAAAGAGGCCCGGACCCCACAGUCUACACAGGCCAGGCACCACACUCGAACUAACUUGCGAAGCGGUCGCUGCACCAGCACCCUCUGUACACUGGUACAGAAAUGACGCACCUAUUUAUGAGUACGAUAAAGAAUCAAUUGAGAUAAUGGAUACGAAUCCGACGUCUGUCGCGAGGGUGGCGUCAACUCUGCUCAUUUCUCGGUCAGAGGCACCGGCUGAGUACUCGUGUCUGAUUGUAGCUGGAACGAAAACGGCACGAGCCUCAACCAUUGUGUACAGCACAGAUGGCAGCACAGAAAGAACAGAACGUUCCAAGCUUGUACCUUUGUCGCCGAGAAUCCUCGUAUCAUAUAAAGUUUUCGUAGACACGAUAGGAAGCAAUAUUGUGCUACCUUGCAGAGUCAAAGGUCACCCUCGACCGGUGGUGGUAUGGAGAGACAAAGACGGUGUGGUCAUUGAGAACGACGGUAGAAUGAAGGUGCUGCGAUCUGGUGAGCUGGUGAUAACUUCGCUUCUAUGGAGUGACAUGGGCGAAUUUACAUGCAGAGCUAGCAAUCUCUUCGGAAGCACACAGAUCAAGACAUUCGUAUAUCCAGCACGGCCGAAUGAAACAGAAGGAUAAUCGGCGGCAAAUAAGCAAACGAAGUUCCUCUUGAUAGUUAAGAUUGUAAGAGCUUCACACGCUCGCCGAAACGCUGCGAUGUAUUUAAAUAUAUAAAAAAAAAAUCUAAGUAUUUUGUUUAUAUAAUGUUAUUUGUAAAUAACUUGAACGAAAUAUAUGAUAUAAUAACGGCUGGUCCGAAAGUAUUAAAUUUUUAUUUAAAUUAUUAUACGAAUUAUAUAUGUAUUCAGAACCGUUAUAUAGCAAAAAUAAUUCAAGAUGACGCAUUAUAUCGUUACCUUGCAGUGAUAACCUUGUGACUGUAAAAAUUACUAAGCAGAAGACAAACUGUUUGGUGAUAAAAUUUUAGUAACGUUGGUGACCACUUACCAUCAGGUGGUCCAUUAUUCUAUAAAUAAAUAAAUAGUAAUAUAAAAUCACAAUAACAGAAGUCGCGACUUCUUUACUACCUCGAUUGAUCUUCUACUAGGUUCUUAUUACCAUUAAGGCUCAUCAAAGUCUCCUUCUAAUUGAGAGUUUUGUCAUUUAGUAUCGAAUGAAUAUAUUAAAAAAAAAAUUAGCUUAGAAGUUCUUACUGCAAGUGGACUGCAAUGAGUUUUAUAUAUCUCAGGGAUAAAUAUUGUAUAUAUAUGUAACCAGUGAUUGGAAAUGGUAGAACAAUAUCUGUGUGAUAUUAUUUGAUUUGUUUUUUUUUUAUAUAUAUAAAAUAACAUUUUUAUUUUAAUGGGUUUUAAAAGGAACGAGAUAUUGUAGGAAUUUGAAAAAUUUGCAACAUUUGUUACAAUUCCCGAUUAUAUACACGAAAAUUAUAUACGAUUAAGCUGCAAUUUUUCGCUUGCACGUUUUUUAAUCACGUGACAUGUUUUUUUAGACAAAGGUUUGCAGAGAAUAUAGUCUUUUUUUUUAAAAAAAAAAAGGACUUUUUAGGUUACAAUCACUGGUUGAGGGCUAAAAAUGUUAUCCAUUUAUUAAAUGGCUUCGUAAAUCGGUACAGAGAUGUGACGUAUUUUUAUAAUCUGUAUUUAUAAUGUAUUAUCGUAUUUCAUUUUCAAGUCAAGGUAACAUUGAAAAAAAAAAAAUAUAUAUAUAUAUAUAAAUAUAAAUAUUGUAAUCGCAGCGUAUUAUAAUUCGUGUGAAGAUACUCUAACUGAACCGAAUCUGCCUAUUAUUUUAUUUUUUUAAUAAAUUAUAAUAUAAAUGAGUAUAACUUAAUAGAUAAACUAUAGUUUUUAAUAUUUAAUAACUAUUGUGAUCUAUGAUACUUAUUAUUAUAGUAGACUGUGAUGCAAAAUAGAUAUUGGAAAUAAUAAAGAAAAUAGAAAACCA